UGGAGGCUGCUUUCGCAAAAAUUAAUCUAACGAUUCCAGUACACAUUUGUACCGUAGCUCAACACUGUUGAUCGUUACCAAUAAUACUAGAGUUCGCAGUUGCUUUUAACAAUGUGUUGGCUCUAACGUACACACAAGGUUUAGUCUUAACCAUGGAUUCGUCUUGUAAAUUUCGUAUUUUAGUGUUUAUUCUUACGGUUUCAGUAAUCAUGAUCUCGCGUUUUCGUAUGGUGACUUCAGUACCGGUUGACCCGUGUACGAAUACGAACCAAGAAGGAACGUAUUUGGCGGAAAUGUUAAGCGACGCUUGUAUUUUAUUCGAUCAAAUAAGGGAAGUGGACAACGCUCCGUACCAUAGUAUAUUUUGCAACAACCUGUCCUACGAUGACCUGAAGAAUUCCUUCAGAUUGUACAAAGAUCGCCCAUGUAAAUUGCCGGUCAAACUGUACAUUCCGCGGUUGAAUUUCCUCAUCGACCAGUACUUGUUUGAAGAUGUGGCGGAAUACAUCCAUACGCUGAUCAUUAAACACUGGAACCCGUUUCCGGAAGCUAACGGGACCAGACCGGCAAAACUGGAUCUGGGAAGUCCGUUUAUAAACAUGAACAACCUCAAGUUACUGGACAUAGCCUUUGACUACUUGGCCAGUUUCCCAAAAAUCCCUAAGGAAUUUUUAGACGGCUUAAAUGGAUUGGAAGCUGUUUUGUUUGAACACUUUCCCUCGGGCACAGUGCUCGAGCAGGGAUUAUUCGACCACGUCAUGCGCACGGAGUCACUGCAAUGUGUCGGGCUGCUCGGUUCCACCAUUCCCUGUUCGUGCGAUAACAAUGAUCCCGGUCACUGGCUACACACAUGGCUACAUCAUCAUCAAGAGUUAUGGGGCUCUGCUGGGCGUGGCUUUGUUUCGUACUCCGAUCGCACAACGUCCAACGGUGACUUUUUUCUUUGUGAAGUCAAGAUCAAGUGUAAGGUCACCGAUCUAACGGAUUCGGACAACCCGACAAAAAUAAUUCCUUUUCAUGAUUUUCGCUGGAAGGAACGCUGCACCAAAACCACCACGGAAAGCAUUACCCCUGAGAUCCUGGAACUGACACACCUUCCGGUUCAGGAGCACGACUAUCACAUUCAGAACGAGAAUGGCGAGAUUGUCGUUAUCGCACAGGCGGUUAGGUCAGCAGCGGUUCAAAUGUUCGUUCCAACGGUUAUGACCUUUAUUGUUUAUGGCAUACACCAUUUCCUUUAAUUGAUCGGUGGAGAAUGUUGUCCAAUUAGCAGCGGAAUGUACAGCAAUGAUAAGGCGCUCUGAGAAUGUGCAUUACCUAGUCCUGAAUGCGUCACGAUCCAUUGUGGAAGGAUGCCGUAUUCAUUAUGAUCUCAUGGUACAGCUGGACACUGUCCAGAUUUAUAUUGGUGAAUGAGGAUAGUAUUUUGGUAAUAUGGAUUUUAUUCCGUUUGUUCCGAUAUUUUGACUCUCAUAUUCCGAAGCAAUAAAGUAUUUCAAUGU